CCGGAGGAAGGCUGAGGGGAGGAGGAGGAAGAGGAAGAGGGACACUCAGCUCGGGAGGGAGCUCGGCGGGCUGAGGCGGUGCGCUCGCCCGGGUCGGGGGCUGCCCGAGCGCGUCCCUCCCGCGGUGCGUGCGGGUGUCUCGGGAGCGGGAGAGCGGAGCCCGGGGCUGGGAUUCCAGCGCGGCCGGGGUGUUCCGCGAGUAGGUGUCGCUGCUUUAUUAUCGAUAUUUAAGCGUUUUGCAGGCCUGCGGGCUACGGUGUUGUAAAAUUGGUUAAUUAAUCGAGAAGUGGUGGGGGGAGGGCUACCAAGGAACCUGAGCGAAAGCAGCUCUUCGUUUGUCAAAGCCACUUCAUCCCCUGGGUGCUGUGGUUUUUAAAGGCGGCUUCCACCUAAUGUUUACACUUCACACGACUUGUAAAGAGGUGCUCGAAUCCCUUAAUGAACAGUUUACAUCCUUACCAGAAAUGACUACCCCAAACAAGACCCCACCUGGUGCUGAUCCAAAGCAGUUAGAGAGGACUGGUACUGUUAGAGAAAUAGGCUCACAAGCAGUUUGGUCCCUUUCAUCCUGUAAGCCAGGGUUUGGAGUGGAUCAGUUACGAGAUGAUAAUCUAGAAACUUACUGGCAGUCAGAUGGAUCACAGCCUCAUUUGGUGAACAUCCAAUUUAGAAGAAAAACAACAGUGAAGACAUUAUGCAUUUAUGCAGACUACAAAUCUGAUGAAAGUUACACUCCAAGCAAAAUCUCUGUCAGAGUAGGAAAUAAUUUUCAUAAUCUCCAGGAAAUCCGGCAACUUGAACUAGUGGAACCGAGCGGCUGGAUUCACGUUCCUCUGACAGACACUCAGAAGAAGCCAAUUCGCACGUUCAUGAUCCAGAUUGCUGUUCUAGCCAAUCACCAGAAUGGCAGGGACACUCACAUGAGACAAAUCAAAGUGUACACCCCGGUGGAAGAGAGCUCCAUUGGGAAAUUCCCUCGAUGUACAACGAUUGAUUUCAUGAUGUAUCGCUCCAUAAGAUAAAGUUUGAUGACGGUAUCGUUGCUAAAGUAUUCAGAUACUUAAAAAGCAGGCUUUACUUCGGCCUAAUUAUAUCUUUUAUGUUUAUACUUUGUACAAUUUUGAAAUAAAGAUAAUACUGUGUUACAAUGUA